AUGUACGAAGGGAUUGACAACCUGAAAUCCCUUUACGACCGUGCCGGGAAGACUUUCUCCGGCGGUCCUUCUGCGGCACAGGAUGUGCCGCGUCGUACUGCUCAACCAGACCCAGUACGUCGAUCAUCAGUUGGGAGCGGGGCUCCCAAGAAUCCCAGGACGGGGGAUAGCCGCGCCACCGGACGAGAUAACUCGUCCGACGUCCGUUCACGUCGCGGUGGUUCAACAGCUGCUCAACUAGAUAGCGCUGGCCACCGCGAGAGUCCUCUAAUGGAGGUGGAGGAGGAGGAAAGACGACCUCCACACGAUCAUGUGGAUCGGUGUGUUCCUGAGAGCUUCUUUGAUCGCGUAACGCAAGGGUUACGCGACGAUCUCGAGCAUGAGCGGAAUAGGCGUCUCCAAAUGGUGGACACUGCCUCGAAGCAUCGAGCUGAGUUUGCCUUUGCUCAGCUCGAGAACGAGAGAUCUCUGACAUCUUCUUCGUGA